AUGAGCGCGAGCGAGCCGCCGUUGUUUGGCAACCCGUCCGAUGACAUCAGCGACUCUGUGCCAACCACCUCAGCGACAGCAACUGACGCUGCCAUCGAGUCUGCCUCCCCGUCUGCGGACACGACGCUGUCCGCUGCAGAGGAUGUAGGGGAAGACGAGAUGGCGUCUCUCUCGAUCGCGCAGGAUAUGUCACAAGAGGAAUCCUUGGCGCCCGCUCAAGUCGCUCGACCAGAUUAUUCGCAGGCCCACUUGGAAGCUUUGGAAUCUAUCAGAGCCUUCAUGAGAGCCCACUCGACGUACGACAUCUUGCCCGAAUCUUGUCGGCUGCAAGUGUUUGACUCAAAGAUCACUGUCAAACGCGCAGUGGCGGCUUUGAUCGCAACAGGCACAGUCUCUGCGCCUCUGUACGAUUCUAGUACCUUCAACUUUGGCGGCAUGUUCACUCUGACAGACGUCAUCCAUCUCAUACAAUAUUACUAUUCCAAAGCAGGCACUUACGGUCUCGAUAUCUCACAAGUCGAAGACGUUAAUCUGGCAGGACUACGAGACAUAGAAACAGCAAUUGGCGUACCGCCUCCGCCGAUGAUAUCCAUCCACCCUGAUCAGUCACUCUUUGCAGCUUGCGCAGCAAUCGUUCGGACUCACGCAAGGCGGAUACCCCUGAUAGAUUAUGAUGACCAAUCUGGCAAAGACACGAUACUCAGCGUACUGACGCAAUAUCGCGUGCUCAAGUUUAUUGCCAUCAAUUGUGCAUCCGAUACUGCCAAGCUGUGCGAUUCGAUCGGUUCGCUCGGCGUGGGGACUUAUAUCUCAUCCUAUCAACCCAAAGCGUCUACGAGCGCGCCUGGUCUACCGCCACCGCCCUCUCGGAGACCGUCCGGCCAGUCCGAGUCGGCAAUCUCAGGCGAAGAAGUCUCGCCUACAGACGAACGGCGAGGCUCAGCUGUGUCGACGAGCUCGUCUGGCUCUUCUGCGGCUCGACGGCCAUCUGCAAUGUCAGUACAGCCCGAUUCUCCCUUUCAUCCGCUAGCGGUAGCAACACUGGAAACGACGGUAUACGAUGUCGUUCACAUGUUCUCCGAAGCUGCAAUCUCUGCUGUACCCGUCGUCGACCCACAGACGGGCGAGGUCAUCAACCUCUACGAGACCGUUGACGUUAUCGAUCUCAUCAGAACGGGCGCAUAUACCAAUCUCGAUCUGACCAUCGGCGAAGCGCUCACUCGGAGGAGUCCGGACUUUCCCGGCGUGGUCGUUUGCAGUCCUGACGAUUCAAUGGCGAGCAUACUCAAAUAUAUCAAAGACAAGCGAGUCCAUCGGAUGGUCAUUGUAGACGAUUCACCCAUGCCAGCACGGACAAGGCGGUCAUCGGCUGUGGCAUCGAACACAACAAGCGCGACUGCCUCACCUUUGACGACCAAGCACAGAUUGAUCGGCGUGCUCAGCUUGAGCGAUGUGCUCCGACAUCUCGUUCCGCCAACCGGACGAAACUUGCAAGGUCUCUCGCUCUUGCGGUCGGACUACCGAGGUGCCCCUCCUCCUCCUGCGUUCAAUCUGGUCGAUCCCCUGUCGCCUACUUCCAUCGCUCCGCCAAGCGCGACAGAGCAUGCCGAACUUGCGCCGACUGACAUGCCGAUACAGCAAACGUAG